AUGGAGACAGUGAGGAGGUGGAGGGCAGACUGGAAGUAUCCCACUAUUUUGCUGUGCCUGUACGGGUUUUUCAGCACAGUGAAACCCCUGGAGCCUUUCCUCACCCCAUACCUGACAGGACCGGACAAGAAUGUGACAAUAGAACAGGUAAACAAUGAAGUUUUCCCGGUGUGGACGUACUGCUACCUGGCUGUGCUGGUGCCGGUGUUCCUGCUGACAGACUGGCUGCGCUACAAGCCUGUGGUGGUGUUCCAGGGCAUCAGCCUCUUCAUCACCACAGCACUGCUACGCUGGACAAAAACUGUGCCAGGCAUGCAGGCCACGCAGUGCUUCUAUGCGAUGGUGACAGCCAGCGAGGUGGCCUAUUUCUCCUACAUCUACAGUAUGUUAGAUCUGAAGAGGUACCGGAAGGCCACCUCUUACAGCCGCAGUGUCCAGCUCCUGGGGUACACAGUGGGCUCUGUGCUGGGCCAGCUGCUCGUCAGCUUCAAACUCAUGUCCUACAACAACAUCACGGUUUUAACUCUAGUUCUCACCGGCAUCGCUCUCCUCAUUUCCUUCUUCCUGCCAAUGCCACAGCACAGCAUGUUCUUUCACAAGCGCAAGCAUACAGAACAGAAUUUAACAACAGAGGGGACGGAGAAGCAUGUAGAUGGGGCUGAGGAUGCAGCAGAGCAAGCGAGUGAAAGUCCUAAAGUUCAGGACCUUGAGGAGGUGGCUGGCGCAGAGACCUGCAGCAAAGUCCUCCUCCAGCUGUGGAGGGACUUCCUCCAGUGCUAUUCCUCCAGACAGCUGCUCUACUGGUCAGUGUGGUGGGCGAUGGCCACCUGCGGCUAUAACCAGACUGUCAACUAUGUGCAGAUGCUGUGGGAGCAUGUGCAGCCGUCUCAGAACUUUACCAUCUACAACGGAGGCGUGGAGGCAGUGUCCAACCUGUUGGGUGCAGCAACAGCCUACGGUAUAGGCUUCACCGAGGUGAGGUGGGAACAGUGGGGAGAGCUGGCCCUGGGGGGUUUCUCUGGGCUCGGGGGAGCGGCGCUCUUCCUCAUGACCUUCAUCAACAACAUCUGGGUCUGCUAUACCGGUUACGUCAUCUUCAAGUGCCUGUACAUGCUGCUGAUAACCAUAGCCAUGUUCCAGAUUGCUACUGAUCUGACCAUGGAAAGAUAUGCGCUGGUCUUCGGUGCAAACAACUUUGGAGCAUUGGUUCUGCAGACGAUCAUCACUGCUAUUGUGGUUGACAGCAGAGGACUGGGCCUGAGCAUCAUUCCUCAGUUCAUCAUAUAUGCCAGCUACUUCUCACUCAUCGCUGUUGUCUUUUCACUUCGGGGGCUGUAUACUAUUUGGAGAGCACCGAAAAGACACAGUAAAGACUCCACCCCUCCACUGAAAAAUGAACCUCCAGACUCUGACGAACACAGAUUCUGA